UGUUAAUGAGUGAAACUAGCUUGAUAGCUUAUUCUGAUAGGGAAAUUGAGUCAUCUCUUAAGGAUUUAUUAGAGAGGAUUUUGAUGCAACUGGAGAAAUACAUUGAGAAUAAAAAUGAUUUAAAUGAAGUUGAAUAAGAGCUAAAAGAUUAUGAAGAUUAGUCUUAAUUAGUAAAUAUCAUAAAAAUCAUCUUCACUAAUCUAAUGCUAAAAAUAGAGAGGAAAAUCAGGUAAGAAUUCAAAUAUAUGAAAGGAAAUUAGAAAACAGCAUAGAUCCAAUUACGUCAUCAUAAAGUAUUAGAGCAGAGGAUGAAUAUGAAAAAUUGGAGUAAUCAAUCAUCAAAUAAGAGAGUGAGAUAAGGAAUCACAUUCGGGUAUGAAGUAAAUAUGAUUUGAACUUAGUUAGAACAAUAAUUGAAAUUACAUGCUGAAUCUAUACAAUAAAAAUUAGAAGACAGUGAAGCAACAAGAAAUGAGUUAUUAGAAACCACAAAAAAUAUGAUGAACGUAUAUUUAAUUCAAAUAAUAUAUGCUAGAUUUUGAAAAGAGAGAAUCAAAAGUAUUAUGAAGAAAAUCAAUUUUUGUAAGCUGAAUUAGUAUCUUACAAAGAAAAAAUUUAGUUGCUGGAAUUAGAGUAGCAAAAGAGAACUAUUGAACUUGAUCAUUUCGACUAUAAAGUUUAAUAACAACCAAAAAAUACACAAUAAAUAAAAGGGAUGAUUUAAAGAAAGUCAAAUGAUAAAGAAACAAAUAGGGUGAUUUCUCACUCUUAACAUAAACUCAGCAGUCAAUUCUAAGAAAGCACUGACUAUCCAACUUAAUCUUAAGGGUCGUUGAAUUAAAAUUAUUUCAAUAUUUUGUAAUUUGAAUAGAAUCACCCUAAUAAUUCAUUGAAUUAGUCAAUUAAUCAUUAAUAGGAAUAAAUCAAAGGCUAUCAAAUGAAGCAUAAAUCGAUUUGUUCAAUAAAUGAUUUACAAUAUUAGAAUGUGAUUAAAAAUAUUAAGACACACAUAGGAAAUUAUACUGUAUCAAAAAAUAACUCCUAAAAUUCAAGUAUAUUACAGAAAAACAUUCAUUGUAAAUACCAAUAAUCUAUUGUAGAAAAUAUUUAAACAUAACCCAGAAGCAGAAGUGGGAGUUUGAGACGGAACAUUUAUUAAAAAUAGAAGACGUCUAUUCAUUAAUGUUGAGCAAUGAC